AUGGCCAGCGUUGGAGAGAUUUCAGAAGGUAUCGAGGUAGCCAAGUCCCAAUAUGGUACUGCAAGACAGAACGGCUUCAGCUCUUCCGGUCAAGCAAAUGCUGAUUUUGACAUUCGUGCUCAAUCACUCUUCAUUGAAGAAGCUCAAUUGUUGGGAUUCGGUAAGCAACAAGCAGAGGCUCAUCUCAAAAUCCUUGAUGACCAUUCCCAAUUGAAAGUAGUUCGGUUGCGGGAAUGGGGGGACUCGUUCAGGGGCAUCAUCAAGAACCUGAUCCAACAGUUGUACAACGAAAUCAGACGGCCGGUCCCUCGCCGAGUGGAAUCCAUGGAUGAUAAUAUGCUGAUUGAAUUUGUCAGAGACUUCCUCCGAGAAAGAACGUACAUUCUUGUCCUUGAUGAUGUGUGGAGGAUAGAUGCCUGGGAAGCUAUCAAAUGUGUAUUGCCUGACUGCAAUACUGCUAGUCGUGUUGUAUUGACAACGCGAAUAGCCGAUAUAGCUUCUGCGUCCUGUUUAGGAUCACUUGGCUUCAUCUAUAAGAUGGAGCCUCUUUCUGAUAAAGAGUCUUGGACUCUGUUUUGCAAUAGAACAUUUCAGUGCAAUGACUGUCCUCCAAAUCUAGAAGAAGUUGCUAAAAAAAUACUGAAAAAAUGUGAGGGCCUACCACUUGCAAUUGUUGCAAUAGGUGGUGUUUUGGCUCUGAAGGACAAGGAAAAGACAGAUGAAUUUGAGAUGAUUCUUCAUGGUUUUGGUGGCGAGGCAGAUGGCAGUGGUAAGCUUGACAGGAUCAAAAGGGUACUCUUACUUAGCUACAAUGAUUUGCCUCACUAUCUUAAAAGCUGCCUAUUAUAUCUAAGCAUCUACCCUGAAGAUUAUUCAAUUCUUGUGGAUGAUAUACUUCCAAAAUGGAUUGCACUAGGAUUUGUAGAAGAGAAAAUAAGAAUAACAUCCACCGAUAUUGCUAUGAGUUAUAUGAAAGAACUCAUCAACAGAAGCUUAAUCCAAGUUAAAUCCACAUCGACCGAUGGCACAUUGGAUACAUGUGGUCUCCACGAUUUUGUGCGUGAAAUCCUUGUUUCAAAAUCUAAAGAGCAGGACUUCACGACGGUAGCCACCAAAUAUUACACAAGAUGGCCUGAAAAAGUUCGACACCUAGCAAUCCGCAACUUCACUGAUAAUCCACAAGAAUUUAUUAGCUUAAAGUGUCUUCGGUCUGUGGUGAUAUUUGGGUAUGAAGAUCCUCUCACAACUACAUUUUUAUCCAAGUUUUUAUGUGGUGAUCCCAAGUUGCUAAAGGCGUUGGAUUUGUAUGGAACUAAAUUGGACAGUAUCCCAAAGCAAGUCUUCAAACUAUUUCAUCUCAGGUAUCUUAAUCUCCAGGGAACUGGAGUUAAAAUUAUUCCAAAAUCUAUUGGGCAGCUUCAAAACCUUGAAGCUAUAAAUCUGGUAGGAACCAAUGUAACAGAGUUGCCUGCAGAAAUUCUAAAGCUAAGAAAACUCCGUUCUCUUUUGUUAGGCGGAUGGGGUGAUUAUUCAAAUGAGUAUGCAGUUUGGGGCUGUAAAUGUCCACUUGGAAUUGGAAAGCUUAUUUGUUUGGAGGAGCUGUGUGGUAUAGAAGCAGACAGUGAUAAAAUAGUAAGGGAGGUUGGAAAGCUAACGCAGUUGCGACGAUUAGACAUCACAGGGCUGAGAAGAGAAGAUGGAAAGGAGUUGCUCUCCUCCCUCUUGAGGCUGACCAACCUUCGAGAGUUGGCCAUCUCCUGUAUUAAAGAAGGUGAGACCCUUGAUCUCCAACAUUCCGUCUCUCCAAAGCAUGAAUUCCUCACACAUCUGACGUUGAAUGGGCGUUUAGAGAGAGUACCACAAUGGGUGACAUCACUUCAAUCCUUGAGAACCUUACAGUUGGACAAUAGUAGGUUGAGAGAGGAUGAGAAUGUAAUAAGCUCCCUCGGACUUUUGCCCAAUCUGAUAUCACUUAGUCUCUAUCGUGCUUAUGAAGGGGAGACAUUGUGUUUCGAGGUUGGAGGAUUUCAAAAACUCCAGCGCUUAGAGCUUGGGCAAUUAACAAGACUGAAAUGGGUGAGAGUGGAAGAGGAAUCAAUGCCUAGUCUCAGAAUUAUGCGCUUAGGUGAUUGCAAACUGAUGCAGGAGUUGCCUUCGGGCAUCCAAAACUUGACCAGACUUGAAUCUCUUGGGUUUUAUGAAAUGUCUAAUGAGCUAAUGCACAAAGUACAGAAUUUGGAUAAACGGAGUGAAGAUUAUCAGACUAUUUCUCAUAUCCCUCAAGUUUUCAUUGGUCGCUGGAUUGAUGGUCAGUGGGAAUGGACGUUACUCUAA